CUUAUCAGUGUGUUGCAGUGGGCCAUUCUUCACACAGCUUACGUGACGGGCGACACCUUGACUCACACUGCAGCUGGACAAAGAACACCUCAGCGGGUUUUAUCUCCAAACCAGGAUGAAAAAUAAAGCCGACCCAAUGGUGCAUGGUUUAUGUUUUAAAAGCACAAACGACUGACUGUCAGUCGUCUGAAAUGUGGCCAUUUUUCCAGAGCGAGAGGGGCUCAGAUAUUAUCAGAAAAUAAUCAGUAAUGAGCUUCUACCUUCACGCUCAGCGUCAUCUUUAAGAGGUUGUACCGCAACGCUCGUAAAACUCUUCCCCGUGUUAUCUCUUCCAAGCAAAAGGACGAAAACCAAAUCUGACCGGCGCCACCCAUAGACAACAAUCAAAGGCAAUCAUUUUCAGGUGAACGGAUUUGCUUUGUUUGGUGGAAAUGCGACAAAGAGAGCCAUUUCUGCGGCGUUUUGUACCCUGCCAUCAACUCAUCAGAUAAGAACGCUGCUUUGCGGCUCCUUCGGCAGCGCCGGUGACCUUCACGUUGCUGAAACCAAACCUGAAAAGCAGACUUGGGUCAGUUUUUUGUUCGUAUGAAUGUUUUCUGCCAUUCAGACGCUUGGUGCAUCUUUUCCAGGAUGCAGAAUGGGAUGAAACUGUAUGUAACAGUUGCCAAGGAUACAGCAGCAGGCAGAGGGGUAGUUCGAGACGGUUUAACCCACACGCCCGCCCUGUGUUUUCAUUUCAUUCCCACUGGCUUCUCUUUGCUUCGUCCUCAGGAAUCACUUCAGGAGACGCUGCCGAGGACGCAACACAGCCCGCUGGAGCCUGCGCUGAGGAAUUAUCUGCUGUCAGGAACCUGCCGGGGGUGACGCCAACGCCAACCUGGGACCUGGAGGGUGCUGAGCCAUGCUGUCCGCAGCCGUUCAGAUCCUGGCGUUCGCCCUGGCGCUGCUGGGCGUCCUCGGCGCGACCGUGGCCACUCUGCUUCCCAACUGGAAGGUGAGCGUGGACGCGUGGUCCCACUUCAUGACUCCUAUCUCCCAGAUGCAGGGGCUGUGGAUGGACUGCGUGUGGUACAGCUCCGGCGUCUUCAGCUGCACCAUGAAGAACUCGGUGCUGUCGUUGCCGGCGCAUCUGCAGACCAUGCGGGCCGCCAUGGUUCUGUCCUGCAUGGUGGCGUCGUUUGGGCUCUGCCUGGCCUCGCUGGGGCUUAAAUGCACGCGCUGGGGGGGCAGCCACCGAGCCAAGGGACACACGGCCAUCGCCGCCGGAGGUUGCUUUGUCCUCGCCAGCUUCUUGUGCCUGGUUCCGGCGUCGUGGUUCACCAACGAAGUCAUCACGGUGUUUCUGACGACAGACCUGCCGGAGAGCAGCAAAUAUCAACCGGGGGGAGCUCUGUGCGUGACGUUUAUCUCGGCCGGCUUCCUCCUGGCUGGAGGGGUGAUUUUUUGCUUGUCGUGUCCGGGGAAAAGAUCCGGGCGCCCGGACUACGCUCCCUCCUACGACCACCCCGACAGGUUCAUCGUGCUGCGAGACGAUCAGCGGAGGCGAGAGCCGGAGCAGACGGACAACGUGCAGCCGAAAAACCGGCACAACAAGACGGUUCAGCUGCAGAUGGACAACGUGAAGACGCAGAAACCUCCUCAGGAGAAAGCUGAGCACAAGGCUCACUCGUCUCCCUCCAAACUCCCUCCGAAAGACAUCAAGGACAGCUACAGCCUCCAGGAGUAUGUCUAAUCCUCGCAGCGGAGCAGGGGAAGUGUGGAGUUUUCAGCUGAGGAGCUGUGGCUUUCUGGCUCAUAGUC